AUGUUCUCCUCAACGACUCGUCAAAUCCCAGGAGUAAUCUCCACCCGCCUCUCUCAAUUAGCCCGACCGACCCACCGCCAGUACUCGACACCUCGACCCCCGCCACGCUCACCCGCCCCUCAAAGCAAAUCCAACUUCCCCGUCAUCCCCAUCGUCAUCCUCAUAGCCAUCAGCUCCGGCUCCUACGCUCUCCUCGUCAAGUCCCGUACCGGCCAACCAACCACACGUGCUAAAUAA